AUGACAGGCAACAGAGAGGAAAAGAGGAAAGCAGUAGCCGACACCAUUGCCAACCUCCUCCACACCAUCAACGAAGCGGAAAACGAGGACAUAAAACCAAAUGCAUCUUCUCGGCAGAGCAGCUCGCCCUCACCCCCUGGAAACAUCACGACUUCACACGGCAAGGGGGCCUCCACGUCCACAGCGGAGGAGGCACCGCCCGUAGUGAAGAGAUUGCUCGAAGAAUGGCUGACAAGUACGCUCACCAACAUUCUCGACACGCCAGCUCAAAGGCCGAAUAGGGGAGGCGAAGAAGUUCGCAUUGCACCAACUCUCAACGAACAGCAGGCCCCCGCCCUAACAGGUAUUACUGACAAUGUUAAUGGUGCAGGCAGUGAUACCCUCACAUCCAUAUUGAGAAAAAUGGAAGAGAUGGAGAACGAAAACAAGAUGCUCCGUGAACAGAUGAAAGAACAUCAGGAAAGGGUAGAUAAAAUACCAGGCACCCCAAAACUUAUGCCGAAAAGGGAUGCCGGCCAGUUCGUAGAGCAGCCAUACAGUGACGAGGCAGCGCCACACGCCGUACCCAAAACCUUCAAGAUGCUGUCGUACCUAAAAAUAUAUGACGGGACGAUGAACCCCGAGGACCACAUAACCCAUUACGUCACAGCGCUGAAGGGAAAUGAACUAACCAAAGAACAAGCGUCGUCCAUAUUACUAAAAAAGUUUGGCGAAACCCUCACCGGGGGAGCCCUAACUUGGUAUUUGCAGCUGCCUGCACGUUCGAUCGAAAUGUUUGAGGAAAUGUCUGAUAAGUUCGUAACAGCACACGCUGGAGCGAAAAAGGCGGAGGCAAGAGUGAACGAAAUAUUCGCUAUCAAACAGUCACCCGGAGAGGGACUUAGGGACUUCCUCACCCGAUUCAACCGAGUAAGGAUGACCUUGCCAAAUGUGUCAGAAGGAAUGGCAGUGGCGACCUUUCAGAAAGGGUUAAACAGAAAUGGCUCGAGGGCGACCAGAAAGCUACUAAUCCGCCUUAUGAAAUAUCCCUCUACAACUUGGGAUGAAAUACAAAAUGCCUACUGCGCCGAAGUCCGAGCCGAUGAAGACGACCUGAAUGGACCAACCCAACGGUUAACUUUGGUACAAACCGAAUCUAGAAAGGACCGAAAGGGCGAUUAUAAAUAA